AUGGUGCUCGAUAGUUGCUCGAAGUCAGCAAUUCGAUUGCAACCGCCGGAUCCGAGAGACGAAGUCGCAUAUAUCAUCGAGAAUAACGCGAUGGUGGAAUUUUUGAGUGAACGAGUACGAGAAAAGUGUCAAAAUGUUGUGGUGAAAACGAAAAUGAAGGUAGAAGAUUGUUGUUUCCCGGAUACGUUAGCUGAAUUAGCUGAGCUGAAAUUGAGUGAUGGAUCAGAGAUUUCAACGCCUUUAAUUAUUGGUGCAGAUGGUGUGCAAAGUAAAGUGAGGCAGUCAUUGGGUGUUGAUUACACAUCUUGGGAGUACAAUCAGAGAGGUGUUGUGGCCACGGUGAAGAUACGAGCGGAAGAUGACAACGGUGCAGCAUGGCAACGAUUCAGUAAGCAUGGACCAAUAGCGUUGUUACCGCUCAGUGAAGAAUAUAGCUCAUUGGUUUGGACGACAAGUAAUGAACAUGCUAAAAGGCUUCUGUCAUUAACACCUGAAGAAUUUGUGGACGAACUGAAUUAUUAUCUG